AUGGUGUUUGUGAUGUUGGGAGGGAAAGGGGUGGUGAUUGAGGAUUAUUGUGGAGGGUGUGGUGUGGGGGGGAGGGGGUGUGUGGGAAGGUGGUUGUGUGUGGGAGAUGAGUGUGUGGUGGUUGUGGGGUGGUUGGGGGGGGGGGUGGUUGAGGGUGGGGAGGGGUUGGGGUUUGUGGGUUUGGGUGGGGGGGGGGGGGGGUGGUGGGUGGGGGUGGGUGGGGGGGUGUGGUUGGUUGGGGGGGGUGGGGGGGGGGGGGGGUGGGGGGUGGUGGAUGGAUUGUGUGGUGUUGGUGGGGGGGGGUUUGGGGGGUGGUGGUGUUUGGGGUGGGGUGUGGUGGGGGGGGUGGGGGGUGUUUGUUGUUGGAGGGGGGGGGGGUGUGGGGUGGUGUUAGGGUUGGUGUGUGGGGGUGUGUUGUGGGGGUGGUUGUUUUUUAGUGGGUUGGGGUGUGGGUGGGGGGGGUUGUGUAGUGGGGUGUUUUGUGGGGGGGUUGGUGGUUGUGGUGUUUGGUGGGGGUGGGGGGGUGUGGGGUGGGGGGGUGGUGGUGGGUUGGUUGUUUGGGUGUUUGUGGUGUGGUGGGGGUGGUUUGUGGGGGUGGGGGUGGGGUUGGGGGGGGGUGGGGGUGGGGGGGGGGUUGGUUGGGUGGGGGGUUGGUGUAGGUGUGGGUGGUGGUGGUGGGGGUUUUUGGUUGUGUGGGGUGGUGGGGGGUGA